AUGUCACAAGUGUCGGGGAAGCUGGAGCUCGGGCUUCACAUGCCGAGGUCCCUGAUCGGCUGUGCCGUCUCCACAAAAAUGUCCGUAUAUUCUACAUUACCCAUAACAGUCACUUUGCAGUCGCUUCUUGGUUCCAUCACUGACUCAAGUGGCGCAAACUGGGCAUUUCAGUGCGGACAAGAUGCGUCGUUCUCACGAUCUUCGGGCAGGUGCGGAGUACACUACAUUAUAUUAGCAUGCGGCGCGAGCAAGGCAUCGGCUGCCGGCGCAAGUGGACUCGAAUUCGGCAGGGAGGCAAUGGUAGAGAAUGAAUGGCGUCUGGCUCCAGGGCCGGAGAACACCCAAGGUGGAGGAGCACCAAAUAACCAUGUGCCCGAUAUCCGGUCCCAACUCCGACAACCAUGUGAGGAGAUGGUAAAACUAGUCUUACAGUUCAUCCGGGAACACAACUUCAGCCUGGACAUCUUCCCGAAUCCUCUUCCCUCAGUGACGACCGUUCUACCCAGAGCGCCGACCUUGGCCUCAGUUGCCACGUCGCACUGCACUGUGCCUGUCCUGCGUUGCACGAACACAAGCCAAAGAACCAUUAAGCCAAAAAGAGAAGACCAGUGUGCCAUCUACGAAAGCCGCUGCAUAUGCUCGUCAAUCCUCAGGCCCUUUGGCGAGCCGACUCGCCGCUCAAACUUGACAUCAAUUUAAGGAGAGUACUCGAACGGAGGCUACAGUUGGACUGACCAUUGCCCCCCUAUUAGCGUAAAGUUCACCUGACCUGACUAUUGCUAUAGCCUUUGCUUCUUACCCGACCAUUGCUCGCUAAGCUAGCA